AUUUUUUCCCCAUUGUCCUUAAUUCUCCCCAUGCUUUAUGUUGACAUUUUAAUCACCAAAAAAUGUCCACGAAAAGUUAUAAAUAUGUGUGUUUGAGACACGGAAGGAUGUGAAUCCUUGAUGAGUUGCAGAUAUGAACAGCAUGGAUGGAGGCAGGGUCUCUCUUUGGAAUUUCCAUGAGCCAACAAUCGAGGGCUUAAACGAGAAGCCGAUGCGUGCCUGCAGCCAAUUGGAGGAACUACAAGUCAACGCCGACGAAGAGCUGCGCAAAUCGAAUCAACAAGUCAACCGCUUUCUCCAACUCCUGCAUCGAACAACCAUCGAAAGGGACGAGGCGAGGACGCAGCUUCGGUUCCUCCUACACCAGAUCCAUCAAACCAGAGCGGCCAGUCCAUUAAGCUUAUUGAUACGGAAAAUAGUAGAUGACCCACUGUUAGCACCAGUCCAGUCCUUUAAUUUUGGCUGA